AUGCGUCCGGAUAAGAAGGACAAAAAUGUAGCCUAUUUUCAAGAUCUGGAAAAGAAGCAUAAUGCUCAGCCAAGUGUAUCGAAACUUUUUUCGAUGGCUGCUAAGCAAGACGAUGACGGACUUCGAGCUUCAUACAAUAUCUCUCUAUUAAUUGCUCAAACAGGUAAACCCCACUCCAUCGGAGAAACGUUAAUUUGGCCGGCGAUAAAAGAAGUUAUAACUACUGUGCUCCACAAACCGGCGGCAGAUAUAAUUCGAAAAAUUCCUUUGAGCAAUAGUUCUGUACAAAGCCGAAUUGAUGAAAUGGCUGAAAACAUUGAAAAGUCAUUGCGCAAUCAUCUGAAGACUAGUAAAUUUUCAAUUCAGCUGGAUGAGUCCACUUUACCAACUAAUGAAGCAUUGUUUUUGUCUUACGUGAGAUUUAUUAAAGAUGAAAAAAUAUGUCAAGAACUUUUAUUUGCUAGAAAUUUAGAGACAGAUACGAAAGGAGAAACCGUAUUUAAAACACUGGAAAAGUUUUGUGAUGAAAAAGGAAUUCCGUUGAAGAAUAUUAUAUCAGCUGCUACAGAUGGUGCUCCAGCUAUGACGGGGUGUCAAAAAGGCUUCAUAUCGUACUUAAAAAAGAAAAUUCCUGAUGUGCUUGCUAUACAUUGCGUUAUACAUCGACAGCAUUUAGUUGCUAGAAAUUUAAGUGAACGACUAUUUCAAUCAUUGUAA